AUGACUGAUUUUAGGAGCUUGGAAAGCAUGGAGGGUGAAGGGUCACUCUAUAAGGACAUAGAAGACCCUAUUGAUCUAGACACGGCAGACCUCUAUACAAGUUGUACACACCAGUUGGAGUGUGACAUUUGCCUUGGGAAUAUCCAAAAUGCUGCAAAACCAGACCCUGUUGACUUUCCUGAGCUCAGAGUGAUGUUGUUGGGUAAGAGUGGAUCAGGAAAGAGUGCAUCAGGAAACACCAUCCUGGGCAGAGAGGCAUUUCAAUCUGAAACAUCUGCUUUACCAGUGACCACAUGCUGUGAGAGUCAAAGUGGAGUUGUAGAAGGAAGAAGCAUCACUGUCAUUGACACACCAGGCAUCACAUUAAGGAAUGAUUCAUGGCUGUCAGAAAAGGCAAAGGUACAACCAGGACCUCACAUGUUCUUACUGGUGAUUCACCUGGGUCAAUCUACAGAUGAGAAUAGCAGUGAGGUGGAGUGGAUUAAAAUUAUCUUUGGCGAGGCCGCUCUGAAGUUCACUAUCGUUCUGUUCACUGGAGGAGACCAGCUGAAAGGCAAACCAGUCGAGGAGUUUCUGACGAAGAGUGUCAAACUCCAAUCUCUUCUUGAUAGUGUGGAUGGAAGAUAUCAUGUCUUCAAUAACAACUUGCCAACAGACACUAACCAGGUGAAGGGACUCAUCAAGAAGAUUGAAGAUGCACUGUUGAAGAACUUGGGUUAUGUGUACACCCAUGAAGAGCAUGAGAAAGUGAAGACAGCUGUAAGACAAGAAGAGGAGAGAAAGAGAGAGAAGGAGAGAGAGACAGAGAAGGAGGGAGAGGAGAGGAAGAGAGAGACGGAGAGAGAGGAGAUGAAGAGAGAGAAUGAGAGAGAGGAGAGGAAGAGAGAGAUGGAGAGAGAGGAGAGGAAGAGAGAGGAGGAGAGAGCGGAGAUGAAGAGAGAGAAGGAGAGAGAGGAGAUGAAGAGAGAGAAGGAGAGAGAGGAGCUGAAGAGAGAGAUGGAGAGAGAGGAGAGGAAGAGA